CCCAUGUUAGUAAUAAUACAAAAACAGUCUACUCUCAAGUACUUGUAGAAGUUAUUUUGAGAAGAAGAACAGUUAAGCAAUUUAUCACAAUGAAGAGCAUAUCCAGAGUCUCCAACACCAUUUCAGUUUUCUUCUUGUUUUUCUUUCUAAGUAAUACAUUCAUUUUCUUUACCUCCAAUGGGGUCACUGCUCAUGACCCUUACGACCCAACAGGCAACAUUACAAUCAAAUGGGAUGUCAUGUCCUGGACACCAGAUGGUUAUGUAGCUGUUGUUGAUAUCAUCAACAGUCAGCUGUAUCGAACAGUGCAACUGCCUGGUUGGAAGCUUGGAUGGACCUGGGAUAAACGUGGUGAAGUCCUUUGGAGUAUUGUCGGAGGUCAGGCCAUUGACCAAGGAAAUUGUUCUAUGUACAUAGGCAACAUCCCACAUUCCUGCUCAAAGAGACCAAUCAUUAUAGAUCUGCCGACUGAUACUCCGUAUAAUCAAAGGAUCACUAAUUGUUGUAGAGGAGGACGUCUAAGCUCAAGAUAUCAAGCCAUUAACAAAUCAACUGCUAGCUUUCAGAUCUCUGUUGGUAAUGCGGGGACUAGCAAUAGAACGGUACGUAUGCCUAAGAAUUUUACCUUUGUCGGAGGUCGUGCAGAGUACACCUGUGGACCUGCUAAGAGGGUGCGUUCAUCCAGAUUUGUCACCCCAGAUCUUAGGAGGGUGACUCAAGCCAUGAUGACUUGGAAAGUGGUGUGUACAUACAGGCGUGCCAACAUAGCCAACAAGUUUCCAACUUGUUGUGUGUCAUUGUCAUCGUUCGACCAACAAAAGAAGGCGAAUUGUCCUACAUGUUCAUGCGGUUGUCGAAGUGAAACCUGCAAUACAAGGAGUCAGGGCAACCCAGGGAUUGUGCCACCCUUGAUGAAGUGCACAGAUCAUAUGUGCCCUGCGAACAUCAAUUGGCACAUUCUGAAGCCCAAAGAGAAACAAGCAUAUACGACGGUGCACGUGUCUAUAAGUAACUUCAACUACAGAAUGAAUUACACAGAUUGGACACUUCUUAUUAAUCAUCCCUUCAUUAACAAACUCACCAGAGUCGCUCACGCAAACCACAAGCAGUUCCCCAAUUUCAAAACGGCCCAGCUGAUGUGGGGAAUUAAACACAAAAAUGCUAUCAUCCCUUCAAGCAGCCGUAAAGAUUCAACAAUAAGCUGGAUAAUGCAGCUUUACAAGGACAAAUCCACAAAUACAAGUACUAGUAGUACUAGCUCAUCUUGUACAAAGGACUGGUGUGCUCCUAAACAAAUCUUCUUCAAUGGGGAUCGAUGUGUGAUUGCUUCGCCCUGAAAACUUUUGCCAAUUAGGAAAUAAAAGCUAAAGUUUCCAAUUCAAUGUCUAUCCCAAAUGAAGAAACAAAAAGAGAUCUUCCCAACGACUUGUAUCAAUGUGAAUAUACUUUAUUGUUUGUUCUAAAUAAACAACGAA